AUUACUUAUAGAAAAGGCAAAAUGCAAACAUAUUUCUGAUACCUUUGUCGACUUGAAGACAAUGAUUUAGAAGAAUAUCGGCUACAAACAAAAUAUACAGUUAUAAAUGUCUUUGUGUCGGUUUGAUGUAAUAAUACACAUUUAAUACGAACGUGUUUAAACCUAUUAUUAAUUCUCCGGUUUAUAUGUUAUCACAUAUAUAUACUCAUCCACUGGAAUUCAUAUUGAAUAACGUAUGUCACUCUGAGCGAAAAGCUAUAUAAUCACCGCCCAACUUCAGGAUUAUAUUUCGCGAAUGCGCAGCUGCUGAAAUUUGUAGAGUGAGUCGGUCGAUCAGAGGCUAAGAUAACAAAUAUUUUGACAGUUAUUUAAAGUUUGUGCUAAUGUUAAAAUAGCACAUAAAAUUGUGCGAUGUGUAUCUCAUAAACGUGACUUUUUUUUGUUAACUAUGGAUUACAAUUUCAUCUUAAGGAUAUGUUUUAUAACUUUGUGUUUUAUUGGAUUAGUUUGUUAUGCACAAGACACUUUUUACUUUAGUCAAACACCAAAGGACAAAUCUGUGGUAGAAGGAACGGAAACAGUUCUUUUGUGUGAUGUUAAUAAUCGUAGACACAUAAUAUUUGACUGGAUACAAAGUGGGAAACCAGUUACUAAUACGAGUAGAAGAUUUCAGGAAGGCAGUUAUCUUCGUAUUUUACGUGUUACCAGAGAUGAAGACGCUGGACCAUUUCAGUGUAUUGCUACAAACAUUACUUCUGGAUUUUCACUACAGAGCCGAGAAGCUACACUUAAUAUUCAAUGGAUCGACCAAAAAGCGACUGUAGAGUUAAAGAGACCAAAAGCAGAGAAUAUAACAUUGGGAUCAGAAAUACUUCUUAAAUGUCAGAUUACUGGAAACCCUGAGCCUACCUUUCUCUGGUACCAUAACAAAUUCAGACUAUUUAACACAGACAGAAUAAAGAUUGUAGAUGGUGGCAAUAAAGUUAGGAUAAGUAAUAUCAAUGCUGAGGAUAAUGGUAUAUACUCUUGUCGCUCAGAGAAUGUAGCAGGGGCCAUCGACAGUACUGGUGACUUCUUACUCAAUAAACCUGCACCUGGUACCCCACACCUGAUAGAGGACAAAUUCACAAGGUCGUUACUAGUCAUGAAGAAUGAUCCUGCUUGGUUAGAUUGUCCAUUUGUUAAUGCACACAGAAUAGACUGGUUUUCUACGCAUGAAAAGAUUACGAACAAUACUAGGCAUACAGUUUACCCAAAUGGCACUUUAUAUUUUCCUCGUGUUCGUCCAGCUGAUGAGGGAAGCUACAGAUGUGAAGGCUUAGGAAGUAGUCGAGACAUUCCAGCUCAGACAUUUACAUCAGAGUUAAUGUUGACCAUGUUAGAUGACUUUAGAAUGGAUUCAUUUGAACCAAGAUUGAUACCAAACUUUCCAAUAGUUGUACCUAUACAUAAGCCUUUUACACUCAAAGUAUUCCAGCCAGAUGGCCAACCAAAGCCUUCUAUCAGUUGGUUUGACAGAAAUGGAGACAAGAUAGGAACAACAGGAAACAUAUUUGUAGAUGGAAACAACCUUGUAUUUAAACACCCUGCACAGAUAGAUACUGGAAACUAUACAUGUCGAGCUUCAAAUCUAGCUGGAAUCAAAAAUCAAACUGUUUGGACCAUAGUGUCUGUACCUCCCGUAAUUACAAGACCACCACAGGACAAGGAAGUGGAAGAAGAUGGCAAUGUGGAUUUACAAUGUCAGGUGGAAGCAGAUACCGCUUAUCCUAUUACCAGAGUCAUAUGGAUGAAAAAUGGUCUUCUCAUUAGCUCUGGGUCAUCAAGACAUCACAUGGAUCUUGAACGGGGUAUUCUUAGGAUACCUAUUGUUUCAAUUGACGAUGCUGGCACAUAUGCUUGUGUAGCCAAUACAACAGGUCAAGAUCUUGUUAUAUCUAGUGAGGCAUAUCUCAGAGUUACAAAAAAAUUAAAAUUCCAUCCCGUUCCACAAGACUCCAACAUUGAAUUACACAAAAAUGCCUCUUUACCAUGUAAAGCUGAAGGGGAUGGUCAGGUCAAGAUUCGCUGGUUUAAAGACAGAAGUAUCAACAUUGCUGAACACAUUACAAACAUUGAUGGCACUUUGACCUUCCUAGAUGUCCAGAGGUCAGAUUCAGGCAGAUAUACAUGUAUGGCUUACACAGACAAACAGGGAUCAAUAAAUUCUACCAUUAAUAUAGAUGUUGUUGUGAGACCAAAAUUUCGAGUUGUUCCAAUAAAUACAACAGUUUUAGAGGGACAAUCAGCCAUGAUACAUUGUGUAGCUAUUGGAGAACCCAAACCUAUGAUUUUCUGGGACAAAAACUUUUAUCAAAAUAGUUUUGAUCCAAGUAGAAUACAGAAAUUGAGUAAUGGGACGUUACAUUUUACCAAAGUUUAUAUGGAAGAUAAAGGGAGAUAUGGUUGUACAGCUAAUAAUACUGCAGGGAAUGUACGCAUGGAAGCCAAUUUAAAUGUAGCAAGUGCAUCUGAGUUUGGAAAGGAGGGGGUUGAAGAAGAAGAAGGAAUAGAUAUGGUGAAGACCAUUAUAAUUGCAGUGUGUAGUGCAGGGGCUUACUUCGCACUUGUCAUAGCACUUACAGCAUACUUUAGCUACAGAUUGUUUAUGAGGAGGAAAAGAUUUGCUAAAUCUAUGGUUAAAUCAGAGAAUGGUGACGCUAACAGGGAACAGCAUGAACUGUUAGUAAAAGAUCGAGACAGUGAAUCCCGUGGACAGUUACGUAGUGACAGUGAUAACAGGUCACAUGUGUCAGGGAUGAGUUCACAUCCCUCUCAUUCAUCACAAUCUCAAUCAACAACAUCACAGUCACAAUCACAGAGAAGUAGAAGAGGGAGUUAUGACAGACUUGUAUUUCCUAGACAUGAUCUGGCAACUAUUGGCAUGCUUGGUAAAGGAUUAUUUGGUGAUGUGUUCUUAGCAAAAGCUCGAGGCAUUAAAGAUUAUGAACCAGAAACACUUGUUGUUGUUAAAUCACUGCUUGUUAAAGAUGAACAUUUAUACUAUGAAUUCAAACAAGAGUUAGACAUGUACUCCAAGCUAGAUCAUCCAUGUAUAGCUAAGAUAUUAGGAGUGUGUAAAGAGAUAGAACCACAGUUUGUUAUCACAGAGUAUUGUGAUUGGGGUGAUUUGAAACAGUUCUUGUAUGCAACAAGAGGUGGACUCAGUGGACAGUUUCCUCGUGUGCCACCUUUAACUGCUGUACAAAAGACAAACAUGUGCCACCAAGUGGCAUCAGGACUGGAACAUUUAUCAAAUCAUCGCUAUAUUCAUAGAGACAUAGCAUCUAGAAAUGUGCUGCUGACAUCUCGCCUUGAACUAAAGAUAACCAGUUUAUCAUUGUGUCGGGAUGCAUAUGCAGGGGAAUAUUACCCCUAUGCUCAGAAUCUUAUUCCUUUACGAUGGAUGCCUCCUGAAGCAGUUUUUGAUGGAGAAUUUUCAGUGAAAAGUGACAUUUGGGCUUUUGGUAUUUUUGUUUGGGAAGUGUUUCAUCUUGGAGACCUGCCUUAUACUUCACUUACAGACGAUGAAGUGUUGAAACAUCUAAAAAUAGAAGAUUUAAAAUUGACAAUGGUGGACAUGUGUCCACAGGAGAUUAUUGACCUAAUUACAAAAUGUACUGCAGUAUGUCCAAAGGAAAGACCUUUAUUUAGUGAAAUCUGUUCAUUCUUUGGAGAAUACAUUUUAAAACUACAAUCAACUGCUCCAGUCUAACUGAAAUCCAUGUCUGUUUUAGAGAGAGUAUUUAUUUUGUGUAUAUAUUUUUUACAUUAUACAUUUUCAUAUAUAUAUAUAACUGUUCUGCAGUGCAGUGCAAAUUUCUGCAAGUAAUUGAAAAUCUACAAAUUUUUAUUUAUCAUUGACCACUAUGUCUGACGGAUAUAUAUGUUGGAAAUAUAAGGGAAUUGAAUGUAAAAUACUGUGAUUUUUACAUAUAAGUUGUAUGUUGAUAUAGUUUUUUUUAUUUUCUCUUUAUUUAUAUUUGGCUACAAAUACUUAAAGACAUUGCCUUAUGAGAUGGUUUAUGUUUUAUGAUAGGAACUGCAAAGUAUUUAAAUGUAUUUAAAAGACCAUGCAAUGAUGAAAUACAAUUAAUAGUUUGUUGAUUUAUUCUUUUAACUUUCAUAAUUCUUACACAUUUACAGCUAUUGAAAAUUUAAAAAAGGGUUAUUUCUGAUGACUGGGAAAUAUUAUUCGUGGUAUUAUUUGAUAUUAGACAAUUCAUUGAUUGGUGUUUGCUUUAUGCAGACUCAGCACAAAAAGGCUAUAUUACAGCCAGAGCUAUUUGAGUGAGAGAUAUUAAAUAAAUAAUGGGAAAUAUUAUACCAAUUAGAGUGCAAUAUAUUAAUUGGGAAUAUUGUCCAAGUUUCUAAGAAUAAUUAUACUUUUAAUAUACAAGGAGAUCAAGAUACCAUUUCAUGUGCUUUACUCGCAUUAUGUCUUGUUUAUUUUUUUGGUUGUUUAUAUAAACCAAAAAUAUUAGAAAUUCCUGCAAAAAAAACAAAAAAAAAGAAUCCACAAUGAUUCUUUGAAUUGCCUGACAUUUUGUCUACAUUUGUUAGAUGUAUUGUAAACACCCAAAAGUUUACCAAAUCUGUUGUUAGGGAAAAAAAAGAAAGAAAGAAAGAAAUUUGAUGGUAUAAAAUACUGUAUAUAUGUUUAGGAACUAUGUUGUUAUUGUUAAAGUGAUACAGACUUUAACAGAUUCUGAAAAAAACUGUUUAUUUUUUAACGAGAAUCAAUAUUUGUUUCUGUUUUGUUUUCCUUAAAUAUCGUUUUAUAUUUCUUUAUUUUAUAGAUAACAGUUCUAGCAGUUUGACUGCAAAGAAAAAAUGAAUGUCAUAGCAGUAUAACUGCACAUAAAAAUGAUUUGUAAUAGCAGUGUGUUUGCUAAAAUGUUAUUCAUUUGUGAAGUCAAAGUAAUAAACAGUCACUUUGUUACUUAUAAUCCUUGCAACAAAUUAGUGUAUGCCUCAUGAAAAAAAAUAACAGACUACAGUUUAACUCAGUAGAAAUACACCAAAAUAAUAUACCUUUAAUUUAUAAACUACAAUGCAGUACUUAUAUGUACAGUCAUUUUAACAAGUUUCUAUUUAUCAAUGAUAAUUGUAAAAGAAGCAAAAAUUCUACACAAGAUUGAAACAAAAAAAAUAUACAUGAAUACGUCUUUACAAUUUUGUUAUAAAACAUAAAAUCCAAGAAAAUCUGAUAUUUUAAAGGAAAACUAAACAUGAAACAAAUGGCUAUAUUAGAAAGGACAACCAAGUUGUCUAGAGUGAUACUAUUGUACUGUGUUUUAGUGUUUAUAGAUUUGUCAUUGUGUAGUUGAUAUAGAUGUGUGAAUGAAAUCAAAAUUUGGUAGUAUGCAUGUCAUGUUGUGCAAGUAAAAGAAGGGGAGAUAAUUCAAGAUUUGUUAGAUUCAUUUUAUGUGACUUCAUAUUUUUUAUUCUACUUGUAUAAGGACGAUACAAUCACAUACUUGUAAGUUCAUACAGAACUCUAUCAUUUUGUGUAAACAAAACUUUGCAUUCCAUUUAGAUUUUCAUAUUUUCAUUCAAUUUCAUAUUACAGAUUUUGUUAAACCUAAAUAUAUUUACUAACUGUCUUAAUGACACAAGAGAAAGUUUUAGAUUGAGAUAAGAAUUCAGUGUCUUAUCAUGUAAGAUCUGAAGAAAUUCAUAUGUUACAGAACAUUGAGUAUCAUUAUAAAACACGUCAUGAAUUUGGCUUCCAUCAGAUUUAAAAGAGAAAUGACUUUUCAUACAGUUAGAUUUAUUGACUACCAAAGUAUUUUUUAUGACAAUCACACAUAUUGAAGUAUUAAACAUAAGAUUAAACAAGCACUAUCAUUUAUUGUACCAUUAUGUAAUAGAACUAUCUGAUGUAUAUUGUUUUGCAUUUCUGACCUUCAAAAUUUAUAUAGGUCAUAUUUUGGCAAUAGAAAUUAUUUGACAAAAACAAACUAUUUGUGAUAUACUUUUGUUAGGUCAUUGAAUUCUGAAGUAAAAGAUCAGUUGUUUCUGUUUGCUUAGAUUCCAACAAAAUAAAUGUUGUUAUGACAAACUUAUCAAAAAGAGAUAUAAGAUAUUUAUUAUUAGAUGAUCUUCUGCAUUCUGAAAUGAAAUAAUUGUUCUGUUUUGUGAUUUGUCCAUUCAAUUCAAAAGGUUUAAUAUUAAAGAUUAUUAUAUAUGAAUUACAGCUAACCUUUAAAAAUGUGUCAUAAAUUAUUGAAAUUUCAUUCACCAGUGUUUUGAAUUGUUUUAUAUGUUUAUUAAACAUAAUUUAAAUAUAGGUAGUCUUGUAUUUAUGGUCACCCAACAAGUUACAACUGUGAAUUCUUUUACAAACUACACAGUUAAAUAGCUAUUCCUUUAAAACAAAAGAUAAAAUAGUAUUGCAUUAUUAUGAAAUAAUACUUUCAAAGACACCCAUAAGUAAUUUAUGUAUAUUUUAUAAGGUAUUACUAAGAUUUUCAAAUUUUAUUCCUACUAAAACAAAUCCCUGAAUUGACUGGUUGACAAAUCAUUAGUGAGAUAGAGAGUGUGAAACAUGGUGCUGAAGUUUUAUCAGAACUUUAUGUAUGUAUGUGUCUUAAUCUAUGCAAUUAGAUUAAUAAAGCUUAUUUAAAUUAUAA